AUGAAUCCAUCUGGUUCGUCUUCCGCUGGUGGUAACGGGUCGGAAGAGUCUCCGCCUCGGAGAGUCUCCGGUACAGUGUGGCACCCGGCUAGAGAGUGGCUUGAACAGGACGAGGGAGACGACAUGGAUUAUGAACCGGAGUCCGAGGUUACGGAAGAUAGAGACGAGGAUGAAUAUGACGAUGAAGAUCAAAAUGAGGAUGAGGAUGAGGAUGAAGAUGAAGAUGAAGGUCACUUCGGUAGCUUUCCCCGCGAUGGGCUGCUGUCUUUCCGUAAUAUACAUAUUGAGUUCUCCAUGGAUGACCCUGAUCAGGAAGAUACUGGCGGAGAAACUCAGGAAGGUAGACACACUCGAGUAUCGGCUGCUCGAUUAUUGAAUCUGUUAGCUUCCAAUGGUCUGCGACAUAUCCUCCACUACAAUGGGUGGCGAGGGGGUACGUUAGGUGAUGAAGAUGAAGACGACGAAGAGCUCGGUUUCUUGAGAUAUUCACGAAGAUCACGGCGUUCCGGAGCUGAGAACCUACCGAAGGUUCCAAGUGAUGAGGGUACGGAACUCAUGCGAUCCGGUGAUUUCGGAGAGGAUCCUUACUAUGUCGACAUGCUGAAGAAACGCAAAAAGACGCUUGCGGCAAAGAUCAUGUGGAGAGAACUGGGUGUUGACGUAUCUGGGAGGCAUAGACUGUCUGUGCAGAGAACUGCACAAGACCUGAUACCUGGUUCCGCCGCAGACAAGAUCAUUCAUUAUGACUCGCGAUGUUAUUCGGGUCAGUUCUCUGACGACGGUAACUUCUUCUUCUGUUGUGCGCAGGAUUUCAAAGUCCGGAUGUACGAUACAUCAAAUCCAUUUGAGUGGAAGUACUACAAGACUGUCGACUAUCCAUUCGGCCAGUGGACCAUUACCGAUGCGAGCUUGAGUCCAGACAACAAGUUCUUGGCAUACACAUCGAUUAGAAAUAUCGUCUGCCUUGCACCGACAGACCCAGCUGACCAAUCCGACCCCUCUGUGUUGGACCUGUCCUUAGGCCGUGUUGGGCGAGGCUUCCACGACAGCUCGCAUACUGCGAUAUGGUCAAUCCGCUUCUCGGGUGAUGGACGCGAAAUAGUUGCCGGAAAAUCUGACAAUUCCGUAAUUGUCUAUGACAUCGAAACACGGCAGUCUGUUCUAAGGCUACAGAAGCACGAAGACGACGUCAACGCCGUCUGCUUCGGCGAUAAAUCAUCGCCUCACAUUUUGUACUCUGGCUCGGAUGACUCCACGAUUCGUGUUUGGGACCGGCGUUCCAUGGGCGACGGCCGCGAGGCUGGAGUGUUCAUCGGCCAUACGGAAGGCAUUACAUAUGUCGACAGCAAAGGAGACGGCCGAUAUGUACUUUCCAACGGGAAGGACCAGACGAUGAAAUUGUGGGAUUUGAGAAAGAUGAUGACAACGGCGAGGUUUGCCGACAUCGAUGUGAGCAGUUAUACCACCGGUUAUGAUUACAGAUUCGAGCCCUACCCCGAAGAUUACUACGAGCCACAUCCACACGACUGCUCCGUUGUCACGUUCCGAGGUCAUCGGGUUCUCAAGACACUCAUCCGUUGCCAUUUCUCGCCGUCGAGUAGCACGAACUCGCGCUACGUGUACACCGGAAGUGAAGACGGCAAAGUGUAUGUUUACAACCUGGACGCAACGCUUGCGGGCACUAUUGAUGUCGGACUUGCAACUCUGAAUUCGAGGCCGCGCGAUCCUGAUAUCUUCACCACCGCGUAUGAAAUCAGGAGUAGAAGCGGGGAGAUGCUGUGGAGGACCUGCGUUCGAGAUGCGAGUUGGCAUCCCAACGCGCCUGUCCUUGCUGCAACAUCCUGGAACGGCUGGGGUUUGUCCACAGGUACCUGCAGCCUGCAUAGCUGGAACGAUGGUGCUGCUGAUGACGAAGGUACUCCAUCGAUCGGGAAGAGCUACGAUUGCAAGUUAAAUUACUUGCCCGAGUUCAACCAGUACAAGGAAAAAUCGGUACGGAGUCGGCCUGUCAGAAGGAGUCCAUUGGACGAGGAACUUGCAUAUGAGCUCUGGUGA